GUCCGCUCUCCGCCCUCGGGUCUCUGAGCGCUUCCCUCCCUCCGGGGCUGGGCCUGCCCGGGCCGUCGCGGAGCCUCUGUCCCGCCGCGCCGUUAGCUGUCUGUGUCUUGGCCACCGCCUCCAGGCAGUCCGCAGCAAGCCAGCUUCUUGGUCCGACGAGCUCAGCGCCCUCUCACCGCGAUGCUGUGCUUCCUCAGGGGAAUGGCUUUCGUCCCCUUCCUCUUGGUGACUUGGUCGUCCGCAGCCUUCAUCAUCUCCUACGUGGUCGCGGUGCUCUCUGGGCACGUCAACCCCUUUCUCCCCUAUAUCAGUGACACAGGAACAACUCCUCCAGAGAGUGGUAUUUUUGGAUUCAUGAUAAACUUCUCUGCGUUUCUUGGCGCAGCUACGAUGUACACAAGAUACAAGAUAGUGGAGAAGCAGAAUGAGACCUGCUACUUCAGCACUCCCGUUUUUAACUUGGUGUCGCUGGUGCUUGGAUUGGUGGGAUGCAUCGGAAUGGGCAUCGUAGCCAACUUCCAGGAGUUGGCCGUGCCUGUGGUCCACGACGGCGGUGCACUUCUGGCUUUUGUCUGCGGGGUGGUGUACACGCUCCUGCAAUCGAUCAUCUCCUACAAAUCCUGUCCCCAGUGGAACAGUCUCACCACGUGCCACGUCAGGAUGGCCAUCUCCGCCGUUUCGUGCGCAGCUGUCGUCCCCAUAUUUAAAAGUGAUUGCCUGUGCUUCACUUAUUUCUAUAACCAAGCUGGAAUGGAAUCCAAAAGAAAAGGAUUAUAUAUAUCACGUGGUGAGCGCCAUCUGCGAGUGGACCGUGGCUUUUGGUUUUAUUUUCUAUUUCCUAACAUUCAUCCAAGAUUUCCAGAGUGUCACUCUAAGGAUAUCCACAGAAAUCAAUGAUGACUUUUGAAAGAUCGAGAAUCCUGUCUCAUUCAGGGAGUGUCGCAGACAGUUUCUGGAAGUGGACAGAGGACGGACGGGCUUGGAUGUCACCCUGAUCGGGACUUAUCUGUGGCACAUCCGGGACUUGAAUUUCAUUAAGAGUUCCUAGUAGUUCAAUUUACAAAGGUAUGUUUCCCUGGAGGAUGGAUAGCACCAACGACACUGUAGCAAUAUUUUUAUAUUUUCUAAAACAAUCUUUUAUGAACAAAUUCAUAUGCAAGGAAGAUGAGGCAUUACAGAGAGGGGAGGAUUAUUUUUGUAUAGAUUCUUUAGACUUUUUAUGUAAUAAUGAUUUAUGAAAAUACACUAAGAGAAAAAAAAUGUUAAGUUUAGUACUUUUUAUUAAAGAAGCCAAAUCAGGGCAUAUUCACUUUAAAAUGUCAUUUUUUAAAUACAGUGACCUGCAUACAUUUUCAUCACAAGAGCACUUAUACAAUUCAAUUCAGAGUGAUUAUAUACCCUAAUGGUAUAGAUUUGAGUAAUAAACGAACACUUAAAGCGCUCUGAAUUUUCAGUGCAUUAAACAAAUGCUUUUAUAGUGAAGGCCUCAAAACCAUUUACAGUGCACAUUAACCAGCGAAUGUGGAAGACCUCGGUUUGAAAAUUCAGCCCCCUCAUUUACUUCUCCGAAGGACCCACAGCUUUACUGCCACUGUUAAUGGUGGGCCCGGGAGCUAAUUCCAGGUAGGAUGGGCUCAUCAGGCAGCUUAGAAAUGAUCAAACUGCCCUUCUCUGUGACCCGGCAGCGCAAGUUAAAUUCACUUCUCAGUUUCCCUGUAAGCCAAAGAGAACGCAGAUCCAAGUCAGGGAGAAAGGAGAGCGCUCAUAGAAACUUCCAGAUGUGGGCUGCUUUUAUCUGCUCCUAUCAAUGCCUGUGGGCCACUAUCAGGGAGUCAGGCUCUUUCCGAAGCAAGGCCUGGAGACUCUGCCUUUCAUGCAGUUCAGCAAUGGCAAAGAAACGCCAGCUGUUGUGGAGGAAGAAGUGGAUAACAAGAUCCCCAGUUCCAUAUCUAAGUCUGGGCCAGUAGGAGCUGCCCCGAGGGCACGUUCCGAGGACAGAGCCCAUUUGGACAGCCUUGGUGAAAGGGUACCUGGCGAUGGAGGGGCAUGCAGCAGUGCCUCCUUUGGCUGCUGAGUGAAGGGUGCCGCUCAGCAGCCACUUCCGCCAUGACAUCCUGUGUCUUCUUCCUCAGUGUGCAGUGGUGGCAGCCAACGUCCAUUUCUGAGUCCCCUGUAACUUUUCACAGUACCGAACAUGCCCAUUGUAACACUGGAACAGAAAGACAGUGGCUGUCAUUCUGAUGAGCGAGAGAGGAGCCGAUACAUUCCCUGUGGAAGCUGGGUGGACUGGAUGCAUGCUGUUCUUUGCUUUGAGCAGGAUCAUUGGUUGAUGCCUUCCCAGAAUGCACUUGGCUCUCUUCGCUUCCACUGGAGACCCGACCACGUGCCUUUACCCAUAGUGGGACACAGUGCCUUGUGGCAUACAAUAGGUGCUUAAUAAAUACUCAUUGAAUGUAUGCACGCAUAAAUGAAUGAACAAGUAGUGACUAGGGAUGUUUGAGGUGCUAAGGGGUUUAUUUACUCUAGUUCACGGGUAUUCUAAGGUCAACAGCUAGUCUGUGCCAAUUAGUAAUGUUGUCUGUUUUGCUUUGUGAACACACCUGUUCCAGCUGUGUGAGCUUCAUGAUUGUGUGACAACUCUCUCCUGGACAGAUAGCACAGAAAUUGUUACAUGGGCUAAACCUGUCUUGGCAAACCGAGAAGGCCCCCAAAUCACCCGAAGUCACACUCUGCAGAUUCCCUUUUUUGGUGUUAUUUUUAAUUUCUACAAAUAUGUAUUUCCUUGGACUUCGUACCUGAGAAAGUAAAAUAAAAUAUUUCUUUAUUUUA